AUGUACAUGUUGGUUGAAAACCGCACCAGUUCCUACCUUCAUCUGAAGAGGUCACCUGGCAUCCGAUCUUGGUCUCUCUUUGUUGGAAUAGCCUCCAUCGGUUUGGCUGCGGCUUAUUAUAGCGCAGACAGUUUGGCAUGGAAGCUCUUCUAUAUGGCCGGGUGCUUCUUUGUGGCAGCGCAGAACCUGGAGCAGUGGGAGGAAGCUAUAUUUGAUAAAAGCAAGGGAACAGUCUGCCUAAAAACAUUCAAUCUUUACAAAAAAAUACUGACCUUCUCGAAAGGAGGCCAUGAGCAAGUGGUGGCUCUGCUGAAUGAGAUCCGAGAUGUGAACGUGGAAGAGGAGACGGUGCGAUAUUUUGGGAAGAGUUACCUGGUUGUGCUACGAUUUGUCACUGGAUUUUCACACCCGCUGACUCAGAGUGCAGUGAUGAGCUAUAGGAGUGAUGUGGAAGCAGUUGCCAAGCUCAUCAUUAGUUUUCUGGAACUGGACAGAGUAGAGAGCCCGCGUGAUCUCUCUCAGAGCAGCGAAACCGAGGCCAGUGAUGCGGAUGAACCACAGGAUAAAUAUUAA